ACCAGAAUUGUAACCAUGCCUGAACCAGCAGUGAAAGCAGCGAAGAAGGGAUCCAAGAAGGCGGUGGCCAAGACCGCCGGCAAGAAGGACAAGAAGAGGAGAAAGACCAGGAAGGAGAGCUACGCCAUCUACGUCUACAAGGUGAUGAAGCAGGUUCACCCCGACACCGGCAUCUCCUCCAAGGCCAUGGGCAUCAUGAACUCCUUUGUGAGCGACAUCUUUGAGCGCAUCGCCGGUGAGGCCUCCCGUCUGGCUCACUACAACAAGCGCUCCACCAUCACUUCUCGGGAGAUCCAGACCGCCGUGAGGCUGCUGCUCCCCGGGGAGCUGGCCAAACACGCAGUGUCUGAGGGCACCAAGGCCGUCACCAAGUACACCAGCUCCAAGUAAACCGACCCGCUGCCUUAAUCCCAUCAAACCAACGGCUCUUUUAAGAGCCACACACUUCUUCUGUAAGAGCAGAGUUUCACAUAAGCAUGAAUUUCACUGAUUUAUAAAGGGUUUUUAAUGUAUAUAAUUACUUUUGAGUACGUAACUAUCGUCUGCCGACAA